AGAAGCCACUGCAGAGAGUCAAAAGACGACGACGACGACACGUCCUCCCUUACACGGAGAAGCUCUUUCUUUGGUGGUCGGCGAAGACUUUUCAGUGGCCACUCUCAGUCAGUCUGUUAGUGCCUUGGGCUUCUGUCUGACUUGGAGUCGAGAUUCAAACCAGGGACCGUGAUGCCGAGCGCGUGGACGAUAGUUUGGACCUGCCUGGUCUGGAGUGCCGUACUGUCCGGGGGCGUGGCUCAAUCCGUGAUCGAGUUGGGCGAUGCCAGUUUUGAUACCGAGAUGGAAACCUUCGAUACGGCCUUGGUCAUGUUCUACGCCCCGUGGUGCGGUCAUUGCAAGCGGCUCAAGCCCGAGUUUGACAAGGCGGCCGAAUAUCUGGGCCAGAAUGACCCGCCCGUGCAUUUGGUCAAGGUGGAUUGCACCGAGGACGGCAAGGAGGUGUGCGGCCGAUUUGAGGUCAAGGGCUAUCCCACCCUCAAGAUUUUCCGGGGCGGCGAGAUGUCGCAGGACUACAAUGGACCGCGCGAACUCAAGGGCAUUGUUAAGUACAUGCAGGCCCAGGUCGGACCGGCUUCCAAGCAUCUGAAGAGCCAGGCCGAGGUGGACCAGUUCGUGGCUCGCCCGGAGGUGGUAGUGGUGGCCUCGUUGGCCGAGGAUUCCGAUGAUAUGGCCACGUUCCUCAAGACGGCCGAGUCUCUGCGCGAAGAGGUCUUGUUCGGCCAUUGCACCGACGACAAAUUGUGCGGCUUCAAGGGCAUUCAGCUCCGGCGACCCGCUCAUUUGCAGACCAAGUUGGAGGCCAGCCAAUUGACCUUUGAUGGCGCCGUCAAGAAAGAUCAGAUUAAGAAGUGGAUCAAGGACAACUACCACGGUUUGGUCGGUCACCGCACUUUGGACAAUGGCAAGGACUUUCCUAAGCCUCUGGUGGUGGUCUACUACGAUGUCGACUACGUCAAGAAUGUCAAAGGCACCAACUAUUGGCGCAACCGCGUGAUGAAAGUGGCCAAGGCGCACACCGGCCUGAACUUUGCCGUGUCCAACAAGGACGACUUCAUGCAAGAGAUGAAUGAGUUUGGACUGACCGGUGUGGGCCAAACCGCGCCCGAUGCCACCAUCACCACGGCUGACGGCAAGAAAUACGUCAUGUCCGAUACCUUUUCCGUCGACACCUUUGCCAGCUUCAUUCAGGCCUAUGAAGCCGGCUCACUCGAAGCCUACAUCAAGUCCGAAGACCUGCCCGACAACGAGGGUAAACCCGUCAAAGUGGCUGUGGCGCGAAACUUUGACGAACUCGUCACCAAGUCUGAAAAGGAUGUCCUGGUGGAAUUUUAUGCACCUUGGUGCGGCCAUUGCAAGAAGCUCACCCCCAUUUACGAUGAACUGGGUACGAAAAUGGAGGGCGAGAAUGUAGAAAUUGUGAAAAUGGAUGCCACCGCCAACGACGUGCCUAGUGGGUUCGAUGUACGUGGGUUCCCUACUCUGUUCUGGUUGCCCAAGAGCACCAAGAAGGCCGUGGCUUAUCAAGGAGGUCGGGAACUCGACGAUUUCGUGAAAUUCAUCGCCGAGAAUGCAUCCAGUGAGCUCAAUCAGUAUGACAGGAAAGGAAAACCCAAAAAAGCCGAGUUGUAAAUUUUAUAGUUGUUAAUGUGGUUGGUAAAUAAUACAUUGGUUUCGAAUUAAAAUAAUUCGCCGAUUGUG